AAUCUCUCUGCCCCUGACCUCUCUCUCUCUUUGUUUCCCUACCACGCUGUCCACGCUCUCACCACCCCUCUUAUCACAAUCACGCUGUAGUAUAUACGCAGAUAAAUCUAAGAGCAGCAGUAGUAAAAUAAAAUAAAAAUAAAAUAAUUGAAUAAAUACAAGAGACCUAAUAUUAUUCCCCUAUUAUCUUCAUCUGACUAACAUCGCAUGUUGGUUCUUCUGUCUCCUCAACAAACACACCCUCAUCAUUCCACUUUCAUCUUCAUGGUUACUCCUCUUCUCCGUACACAUCCAACGCUGUUUAACCGCAAACCUACUCUUAAUUAUGUCGCAGAAGCGACAUCAGCGGUUGUUGCAAGACGAGGAUGGUUAUAGCUCCGAUGAUAUGCGCCGCAAAUCUCCUAGAAGUGCAAUGCGGGAAGUGAUGAAGUUUCGAAACCUUCAGCAGCAUAUUGUUCCGGUAUUGGAGCCCUUGAUCAGGAGAAUUGUUAAAGAGGAAGUUGAUUUGGCUGUGAGAAGGCACAUGGACAGUAUAAACUGGGACUCUUCUAACGAGGAGAUGCAGCCUCCUGACUCAAAGAACUUACAGUUACACUUUGUUAAGGGUAUCUCACUUCCAGUAUUCACGGGAUCUCGUAUUGAAGGAGAUCAAGGCGCUGCCAUGGAAAUAGCUUUAAUUGACGGUGUAUCUGAGCAGGUUGUUACUAGAGGGCCUAUAUCCUCGGGAACUGUUGAAAUUGUCGUUCUUGAGGGUGACUUUGAUGGUAAUGAAGGUGAAAACUGGACUGCUGAGGAAUUCAAAAAUAACCUUGUCAAGGAGAGGGCUGGGAAAAAGGCUCUUCUUACUGGAGAUGCAUUACUGACUCUUCAACAUGGUGUUGGUUUAGUUGGUGAGAUUUAUUUUACAGAUAAUUCAAGCUGGACAAGAAGCCGCAAGUUUAGGUUGGGGGCAAGAGUUGUGGAUGAUAAAAAUGGAAUUAGAGUAAGAGAAGCAAAGACAGAGUCAUUCAUUGUCAGGGAUCACCGUGGAGAAUUAUAUAAAAAACACCAUCCUCCAUGUCUGUCGGAUGAGGUUUGGCGGUUAGAGAAGAUCAGCAAAGAUGGAGCUUUUCACAAACGUUUGAGUGUAGAAAAUAUCAAGACUGUCAAGGAUUUUCUGACCUUACUCAUCCUAGACCCUGCAAAGCUGCGUGAUAUCCUUGGCGCAGGAAUGUCAGCUAGAAUGUGGGAAGUUACUGUAGAUCAUGCUAGGACAUGUGAACUUGGUAGGACAGUACACGUGUACAGCCAUACAGCUGAGAAAAAGACUGCUGUGGUCUUCAAUGUUGUAGGACAAGUGAUGGGAAUGGUUUCAGAAUGUCAGUAUGUUUCUUCCGAUAAGCUGUCUGAAACAGAAUUGGCGGAAGCCCAACGUCUGGUGAUAUUAGCAUUUAAACAAUGGGAGGAAGUAACCUCUUGUGAUGAUGAGACCUUUCUUGUUAAUGGAUGUUCGUUGUUAUCAGAUGUUCACUACCCUACAAAUUCAUCACCAAUGGCCGAGAGCUCUAAUAUCAUUGAUAUUUCAUCUCUUGAUAGAAUUAGCUUUGAUUAUCCACAACUGAUUGCCUCUACUCCAAAUAUUAUGCCAUCUAUUUUUUCCAUUGGGUGCUCCAGUAAGGUUGAUGACCAUGGCAUACAUUUUAUAGAAUCCAUAGAUUCAAGGUUUAGCGAAACUAUGAUUUUCCAGAAUCAGGCCACAGAAUCCCUCAUCUGUGAACCCGAACCCUUCACACCAAGCCUAUGCGAUGAACAUCUGCAGUAUCUUGACACUGAUUUCUCUCUUCAGAAUGCAAGUCUAGGAUCACAAUCCGAUCAACAUGGGAUGGUUGACGGUUUCAUGUAUGCUCAUUCUGCGGCUGCUGUUGCUAUUGUCAAAGCUCACAGGAGAUGGAUAAUACUCUUCAGUGUUCUUAGAUGGUUCUCAAUAUUGAGGAUCGUUGCAAGGAAAUCCCUGUAAUAGGACAAAUAAAGAAGCAUGUCGUCGGAACAAAUUCAUUCGGACCAGGAAUGCAGACAUUAAUCCUUCCCGACUAAUUAAGGUGUGCAGUUUUUUGAGGGAGAGUUCUAGGCGUAUAUACAAACUGUUAGUUCACAAGUCAUUAAGCUUUGUACUAGCGAAUUGUCAGAACUUGUCUCUUUGAACCGUUUGAUUGCACCUUAUUUUCCUUGAUUUUCAAUGAAUAAGCUGUGAAUUGUAGUUGCACAAUGGUAUGUAAUCUUCAUUGUAUAUAAUUGUGGAGUUGAAAUAUAA